GCGUGAGUGACGCGGCAGAAAGUGUUGGUGCCGGUAGGAAAGAGAGAAGCGGGGCCUAAACAGACACCAAUAUGGUGGGAGUGAAAGUCAUCGGGGCGGACGGCGAGUUUCAGGGGGACCUGACCGCGGCCGGUUCCAGGCUCAGUGUGGUGAAGUUCACAAUGAAAGGGUGUGCUCCUUGUGUAAGGAUAGCGCCAGCCUUCACAUCGCUGAGCAACAAAUACCCACAAGCAAUCUUUUUGGAAGUAGAUGUACACCAGUGCCAAGCAACAGCCACUGCCAACAACAUCUCUGCAACCCCCACAUUUCUGUUCUUUAGAAAUAAAGUAAAAAUUGACCAGUACCAAGGGGCAGAUGCUGCUGGUCUAGAGGACAAAAUUAAACAGCACUUAGAAAAUGAUCCCGGAAACAACGAGGAUGCUGAUAUUCCAAGAGGCUAUAUGGAUUUGUUGCCAUUUGUACAUAAAGCCGGCUGUGAAUGUCUCAAUGAAAGCGAUGAUCAUGGCUUUGAAAAUUGUUUACGAAAAGACCCAACAUACCUCGAGUCAGACUGCGAUGAACAGCUGCUGAUGACUGUAGCGUUUAGCCAGCCUGUGAAGUUGUAUUCCAUGAAACUACAAGGUCCAGAUAAUGGUCAAGGUCCCAAGUAUGUUAAAAUCUUUAUUAACCUUCCCCGAUCCAUGGACUUUGACGAAGCGAUGAGAAGCGAGCCCACCCAGGCCGUGGAGCUGUCAGCCGAUGAUAUUAAAGAAGACAGCAUCGUUCCGUUGCGCUAUGUUAAAUUUCAGAAUGUUAACAGUGUAACGCUAUUUGUCCAGUCCAAUCAGGGUGACGAGGAGGCAACGAGAAUCACAUAUUUAACUUUCAUCGGGACCCCAGUACAAGCCACAAACAUGAACGACUUCAAAAGAGUCGUAGGGAAGAAAGGAGAAAGCCACUGAGAGACUACAGAGUUACCAUGGGAGGCUCCUAGCAACGAGGCCCAGUCUCCGAUCUCCAGGACAAAGUGCUUUACUAGAGAAUGUUCUUGUCUCACUCAGUGGCAUUAUCACUAAGUCAUUGCUCUUUGUUAAGCUGUUUCAUAAGUGAUUUUAUUUGGAUCUGGCAACCGACAUUUGUAAAUAAACAUAACUUUUGGCAAGUUCCAUUUGUGACACCAA